AUGGUGUAUGCUCGAUACAUUGCCAUCUGUCAGCCAUUGCACUAUGAGAGAGUGAUGAACAUGGGAGCUUGUGUACAAGUGGCAGCCAGUGCCUGGGCCAGUGGCAUUCUCAAUUCUGCACUGCACACUGGAAUCAUGUUUGCAAUAUCCUUCUGCAGAGGCAACAUGGUUGAUCAGUUCUUCUGUGAAAUCCCCCAGUUACUCAAGCUCGCCUGCUCUGACUCCUACCUCAUUGAAACUAGGCUUCUUGUCUUUAGGGCAUGCUUAUAUUUAAACUACUUUGUUUUAAUAAUUGUGUCGUAUGUUCAGAUCUUCAAAACAGUUCUGGGAAUCCCCUCUGAGCAGGGGUGGCUUAAAGUCUUCUCUACCUGCCUUCCUCACCUCAUUGUAGUCUCCUUGUUUAUUUGCAUUGGCACAUUUGCCUACCUGAAACCCACCUCCAGGUCAACGUCGGGUCUGGAUCUCGUGAUAGUUGUUCUCUAUUCUGUGGUGCCUCCAGUAAUGAAUCCAAUCAUCUAUAGCAUGAGAAAUAAAGAGCUCAAAGCUGCCAUGAGGACAGGGUGGAGAUUAUUCACUGAGAAUAAAAGGUCCAUCUUUCUCCUGUGA